UCAUAGAUCUGCACAUCUCUGAGAUUUUCGGCAUUUUGCAUCAUUAAGAAACAAAAUCAAAUACAUUCUCUUCUCUGCCGCCGUUCCGGAAAAUUAAGGACCGCCGACAUGGACAGCAACGAGGAUCUAGAGCUAGUUUCGCAUUCCGACGAGACAUCUUCUCCUAUUCAAGAAAGAAAGUUUAAACGAUUGGAGAAGGUGAAAACGAUUUCGGAAAAUACAUCCCCAUUUGAAGCCCUGGAUUUUGGCACAUCGGAGCCCCGAGUAGUUGAGGAGCCGAAAUCGGGAUCCGGGUACGAGGGUUCUUUUGACGAGGAAAAUGAAUCGAGUUCUGGCUUUGAUGAAAACGGGUCGGGUUCAGUUGCUAAACGGGCUUUGGAUUUUGAUUCAAUGACUGAGGAAAUUGAUGGAAACGUUGAAGGUCAGAGUCAAGAGAAAAGAAUUAGGGAUUUCGAACCGGAGGAGUCAGAAAAGAAACUGCCUAGUUUCGAAGAAACGGAGAGUAAAAGAACGAAAAAGAAAAGGAGAGUGAAAGGCGUUGACGAUGGGGAGAUGCUCAUCUUACCUGAAAGAAGAACAGCGAAGGAAAGAAGAGAAUAUCUUGUCCAACUUCGUGCUGAAUCUCAGAGACUGCUCCGAGAAACUACACAUGCUGCAUUUCAACCAGCACCGAUUGUUCAAAAGCCCAUAUCAUCAGUUUUAGAGAAGAUUCGGCGAAGGAGGCUUGAGGUUGCAAAGAAGACAUAUUUUGCCAUUGAUGAUCAUGAUGGGAUUUCAAGCAAAGAUAUGGCAGGGACUUUAUUUGAAGAUGUAUCUGAGGACGAAAGAGGCAAUGAAAGGGAGUUUAUGGAAGUUGAAAGCGAGGAGACAAUUGUAAAGCAUGGAAUUUCAGAUACCUUGUGCUCUGAUGAAAUAAAGAGUGCUAAGAAUGUCUCAAGUCAUGAAAAUCUUUCACCACAGAUUGCUGCUAGUGAGGAACCCAAACCUGCAUUUCGAGCUCCUAUAAAUGAUACUGAGGAUCUAUUUUUUGAUUCUCAAACAAACAACUCCAAAGAUGAACUUGCGGAUGAGACCCCUAGUAGCCCUUUAGAAGUUUUGGCACCAUCCGUACUUGCAAUGAACUUGAAGCUUGACACUGCUCCUCUUGAUGACAUUUCCUCUGACUAUGAGGACAAUGACAAAGAGAACAUUGAUCCACAACCACAUGAGUUGUCAACCAAUGGCGACCCUGUUAAAGCAUUUGUUGAUGAAGAGGCUGAAGAAGAAGAUGACAGUGACCAUGACUUAGAUCGCUUCCAGGAUGAUGACAAUGAAGUUGAUGAAGAUGCAGAAGAUAUAGAAGAACUUAGAGAUAUGAUAGCAACUGGAUAUGAAGAAAAACAAAGUGAUAUUGAUAGGCGAAUGGAACUCCAUCAGAAGCUGCUUGACCAACAGGAUGCUGCUAAAACAGCGCACCUAUUACGAAAAUGGGGUCCAAAGCAGAGAGAAACAGCCUUGCUUGAUGAUGAAGGAUUUGAGGAAGAGGAAGAGGAUGAAGAGGAUUUUUCUGAAAAUGAGGAAGAUUCACGUCCAGUAAACUUGCGCGCAUGCAUAUAA